UGUGUGUAAGUGAGCAUAUCACUGCGUGCAUGUGUGUAGUUCCUUAAGUGUGUAUCUGAAUGUGGGUUUUAUUUUUGUGCGCGGGAACGCACAUUGUGGGUGUAUUUGUCUAUAUGUAUUUGUGCGUUGUGACUGUGUGUUGAGUGUGAGCGUUGUGAGAAUGUGUAUUUGUGUGUCAUGAGUGUGUGCGCAUGUGUUUUUGUGCAUAUGUGCGCGCAUUGUGUUUGUGUGCAUUUGUGAGUGUAUUUUUGUGCGUCUGAGUGUGUGCAUUGUGGAUCUGGGUGAAUGUACUGGUCUGCGUGUGUGUGGGUGUGCGUGUGUGUGCGCGCGUUGUGCGCGAGUGUGCGAGCGCGUGUGAGCGGGUGUGUGGUGCGGCCGGGCGCCUCCACCUCCCUGAUCCGCCCCAUCCCGGCGGGCGCCCGAGCAGAGGCAGCGGCCCGGGCCGGGGCGGGCGAGGGAGGGACGCGCGCCGGGGCAAGCGGGCUGCGCCACCGCCGGCGCCGCGCCGACUUUGCCCUUUAAAUCGGUCUCCAAGCCGAUUACAGCUGAGCUCCCACGUGACGUUUUACCUUCUGUCUCCCGGAGCGCGUUGCCCGAGGACAGUCCUUCCCCGGCUGCCGCCCCAGCCCGCCGCGGGGGCUCGGCUCCCGCAACUUUGGGCGAAGCGGCGGCCGGCUCGGGCGCCCUCGCGGGGCCGCGCUCCACGCGGGCGUCGGGGGCUUGGGGGGCUCCGGGGGCUCGGCCGGGAGGGUGGCGGUCAGGGCGGAGAGCCUGCCUCGGCCCCAGCCCGCGCCCCUGCCACCGCGCGCCGCCGCCUCCCGAAAGCGGGCGGGGUGCCCUGCGCGCGGCGUGGGGAAAGGGGGCGCCCUUCGCCGGCCGGGACCUGAGCGGUCGCGCCCUCGAGGGAGCCGGCUGGGCCAUGGCCGCGAGGCAGGGGUGAGACGGGAGGCCACCCGUGAGCCCUCCGCACCCGCACCAUGCAGAAGAGCGUGCGCUACAACGAGGGGCACGCCCUGUACCUGGCCUUUCUGGCGCGCAAGGAGGGCACCAAGCGCGGCUUCCUGAGUAAGAAGACGGCCGAGGCGAGCCGCUGGCACGAGAAGUGGUUCGCCCUCUACCAGAAUGUGCUCUUCUACUUCGAGGGCGAGCAGAGCUGCCGCCCGGCGGGCAUGUACCUCCUGGAGGGCUGCAGCUGCGAACGAACGCCCGCGCCACCCAGGGCCGGCGCCGGGCCGGGAGGCGUCCGAGACGCGCUGGACAAGCAGUAUUACUUUACUGUUCUUUUUGGCCAUGAAGGUCAGAAGCCACUGGAGCUGCGCUGUGAGGAGGAGCAGGAUGGUAAAGAGUGGAUGGAGGCCAUUCACCAAGCCAGUUAUGCAGACAUUUUGAUUGAGAGGGAAGUAUUAAUGCAGAAGUACAUUCAUCUAGUUCAGAUCGUAGAGACAGAAAAAAUUGCAGCUAACCAACUCCGACAUCAACUUGAAGAUCAAGACACAGAAAUCGAAAGGCUUAAAUCAGAGAUUAUUGCUCUUAAUAAAACCAAAGAACGAAUGCGACCUUACCAAAGCAACCAAGAAGAUGAAGAUCCAGACAUCAAGAAGAUUAAAAAGGUUCAGAGCUUCAUGCGAGGAUGGUUGUGCAGAAGGAAAUGGAAGACCAUCGUGCAGGAUUACAUUUGUUCUCCUCAUGCUGAAAGUAUGAGGAAGAGAAACCAGAUUGUGUUCACCAUGGUGGAGGCAGAGUCAGAGUACGUUCACCAGCUCUACAUCCUGGUCAACGGCUUUCUCCGGCCCCUGCGUAUGGCCGCCAGCUCCAAGAAGCCCCCCAUCAGCCACGACGACGUCAGCAGUAUUUUUCUCAACAGUGAAACAAUCAUGUUUCUUCAUGAAAUAUUUCAUCAAGGACUAAAGGCAAGGAUAGCGAACUGGCCCACUUUAAUUUUAGCUGAUCUGUUUGAUAUUUUGCUCCCCAUGCUGAACAUUUAUCAAGAAUUUGUGCGUAAUCACCAGUACAGCCUGCAAGUUCUCGCCAAUUGUAAGCAAAACAGAGAUUUUGACAAACUCUUAAAACAGUAUGAAGCCAAUCCAGCCUGUGAGGGGAGGAUGCUGGAGACAUUCUUGACCUAUCCCAUGUUUCAGAUCCCCAGAUAUAUCAUCACACUCCAUGAGCUCCUUGCUCACACACCCCAUGAGCAUGUGGAAAGGAAAAGCCUGGAGUUUGCCAAAUCAAAGCUAGAGGAACUGUCCAGAGUAAUGCACGAUGAAGUCAGCGACACUGAAAACAUAAGGAAAAACCUUGCCAUCGAAAGAAUGAUCGUGGAGGGCUGUGACAUCUUGCUGGACACCAGCCAAACGUUCAUCCGCCAAGGUUCUCUUAUUCAAGUACCUUCCGUUGAGAGGGGGAAACUUAGUAAAGUUCGCCUGGGUUCGUUGUCUUUGAAAAAGGAAGGAGAGAGACAAUGCUUCUUAUUUACAAAACACUUUUUAAUAUGUACAAGAAGUUCAGGAGGGAAGCUUCAUCUGCUCAAGACAGGUGGGGUUCUGUCUCUAAUAGACUGCACAUUGAUUGAGGAGCCAGAUGCAAGCGAUGAUGACUCUAAAGGUUCUGGGCAAGUGUUUGGGCACCUGGAUUUUAAAAUAGUGGUGGAGCCUCCCGACGCUGCCGCCUUCACUGUUGUCUUGUUAGCACCCUCACGCCAGGAGAAAGCUGCCUGGAUGAGUGACAUCAGUCAGUGUGUGGACAAUAUACGAUGUAAUGGUUUAAUGACUAUAGUGUUUGAAGAGAAUUCCAAAGUCACUGUGCCACAUAUGAUUAAGUCUGAUGCCCGUCUUCAUAAAGACGACACUGACAUUUGCUUCAGUAAAACACUCAACUCCUGCAAAGUGCCCCAGAUCCGUUAUGCCAGCGUGGAGCGCCUCUUGGAACGACUGACAGACUUGCGGUUUCUUAGUAUUGAUUUCCUCAACACCUUUCUGCACACCUAUCGUAUUUUCACUACUGCCGCUGUGGUGCUGGGGAAACUCUCCGACAUAUACAAGAGGCCUUUCACCUCCAUCCCUGUCAGGUCAUUGGAAUUGUUUUUUGCUACCAGCCAGAACAACAGAGGUGAACAUUUGAUGGAUGGCAAAUCCCCACGUCUGUGUCGCAAAUUCUCUUCGCCGCCACCACUGGCUGUGUCCAGAACAUCUUCCCCAGUGAGGGCCAGAAAGCUGUCUUUGACUUCUCCCUUGAACUCAAAGAUAGGAGCAUUGGACCUGACAACUUCCAGCAGUCCCACCACCACCACCCAGAGUCCCGCUGCGUCUCCACCACCACACACUGGUCAAAUACCACUGGAUCUCAGCAGAGGCCUCUCUUCUCCAGAGCAAAGCCCGGGAACGGUAGAAGAGAAUGUCGAUAACCCACGCGUGGAUCUGUGUAACAAGCUAAAACGAAGUAUUCAAAAAGCAGUCCUAGAGUCUGCACCAGCGGACCGAGCAGGAGUGGAAAGCUCCCCUGCAGCGGACACCACAGAACUUUCACCUUGCAGAUCCCCCUCAACUCCUCGGCACCUCCGCUAUCGCCAGCCUGGAGAGACACAGAAACAUGGGAAGGAGGCUGAAACCUGUGAUAAUAUGGAGGACCCGAACAAGGACAGCAUCACAUAUUUCUAUCUAGCUGAAAUUUUGCCUGCGCAUCUGUCUACUUGCCACCUUGUUCCAAAAUGCAAUAAGUCUGUUGUGGAAAGAGAAGGACAGACGGCGGACAAUGCCCACUGCUCUGUUUCACCGGCUUCUGCUUUUGCAAUAGCCACAGCUGCAGCAGGACAUGGGAGUCCACCAGGCUUUAACAACACCGAGAGAACAUGUGAUAAAGAGUUUAUUAUACGGAGAACGGCUACCAAUCGAGUUCUGAACGUCCUCCGUCACUGGGUCUCAAAGCACGCACAGGAUUUCGAACUCAACAAUGAACUAAAGAUGAAUGUCCUAAAUUUGCUAGAAGAAGUUUUGCGAGACCCAGACCUUCUUCCCCAAGAAAGGAAAGCCACUGCGAAUAUCCUCAGGGCCCUUUCACAAGAUGACCAAGAUGACAUCCACCUAAAAUUAGAGGAUAUAAUUCAAAUGACUGACUGCAUGAAGGCCGAAUGCUUUGAGUCCUUGUCGGCCAUGGAGCUGGCAGAACAGAUCACCCUCCUGGACCACGUCAUUUUCAGAAGCAUUCCCUACGAGGAGUUUCUUGGGCAGGGGUGGAUGAAGCUGGAUAAAAAUGAAAGAACUCCUUACAUUAUGAAAACCAGCCAACACUUUAAUGACAUGAGUAACCUGGUGGCCUCCCAGAUAAUGAACUAUGCUGAUGUCAGCUCCCGUGCCAACGCCAUCGAGAAAUGGGUGGCAGUGGCGGACAUCUGCCGAUGCCUGCACAACUACAACGGCGUGCUGGAGAUCACCUCGGCCUUAAACAGAAGUGCCAUCUACAGGCUGAAGAAAACCUGGGCCAAGGUCUCUAAGCAGACAAAAGCUCUAAUGGACAAACUUCAAAAGACUGUUUCCUCUGAAGGAAGAUUUAAAAAUCUUAGAGAAACCCUUAAAAAUUGUAACCCUCCUGCAGUUCCUUAUCUUGGGAUGUACUUGACAGACCUGGCAUUUAUUGAAGAAGGAACACCAAACUUUACUGAGGAAGGCCUUGUCAAUUUCUCCAAAAUGAGAAUGAUAUCACACAUCAUCAGAGAGAUACGCCAGUUCCAGCAGACUUCCUACAGAAUAGAUCAUCAGCCAAAGGUCACACAGUACUUGCUUGACAAAGACCUUAUCAUAGAUGAAGAUACGCUAUAUGAGCUGUCACUAAAAAUUGAACCUCGACUCCCUGCUUGAAGAUCUGGCCUUGCCCCUGAGUCCACGGGAUGUUCAUGGAAAGCAGGACAGACAGAAUUGUGUAUGCCUUGCCUAUCACGGUACAGCACGAAGCCAGUCUCCUUUCUCCACCAAAGAAGAUGGAACCAGACUGGAAUUCUGUCUCCAGAGAGAAACCCAGCUGUUUGGGUCAAAGACAGAUGCUUCAGACUUGGGUGGGAAGGUGAAAGAUGGCUAUUUAGAAAGCUGGUGGCACGUUUUACAUAAGGGAAUGUCAGAUGGGAGAUGCUAGUUGCCAUUUUAACAAAGCAGGUAAAUCGGUAAAUUUUAAACUCUGUCCGUGUUCUGUUAGAACUCAGGGACAAGGAUCCAUGAAAAAGACCUGUGAUGUUUCUCUGGCGCUUUACUGGCCUGGGCACACCUACCAAUCUUCUAGGAUUUGACUGGUUCCAUUACAUUUCCUUUUGGUAUAAGCUUCACAGAAAAGCUGACACUUCCUCUACAGAGAUGGACCAAAACAUAAGCAAUUUCAGUCUACAGCAUGUGCAUGGUUUUCAGUGCAUUCUAAAUAUUUCUAUGUGAGGAAUGGUACCUUCUGAAACUGCCUUUCCAGUCUUUAGGCAACGGGAUAGGAAAGAAAGAAUGAAACACAAAUGGAUUUCUAUGUAACAUUUCCUGAAUUAAAUGCAGUAGGCUGUGCCCCAGAGGAUUCCAGACAGUGGCUGGCUGAGGUGGGUGGGGAGCUUUUCCUUGAGACUGUUGGUCCUAAGAAGCCAGCCCUUUUGGAGAGGCAGCUGCAAAAAGGUGCACGCCCAUCUCACCGACAAAACUGUGGAACAGACAGAAGACCACCAAGUGCUGUGGGGAAUCAUGGGUUUCAGUGCUGAGUGAAAAUCUAUACCUAAAAAUCAUCUCUGCACCUUGCUUUGCUUGUUUUCUUUCCCCACUCAUAGUACUGCAGGAAUCUAUUCUCAUUUACACAGACCUUUUUUUAGGCUUACUAUGAACAUUGGCUGUAUUUUUUUUUAAACAGUUUAGUGAAAUUUUCUUUUCAAAACCCACACUUCCAUAUGCUGUUCGUAGAUCUCUUUCUUUAAAAACUGAUGUUGAGAGAUCUCUGAGAAUAUUAUAAGUGCAUGGGAAAUGGGCCCAACCACCGAACAGCUCUUACAUUACAAAACCAAAUGCAAGGGUUAGUCCUGCUACCUGAGGCUGGGGAAGUGACCUUCCUUUUCCCAAGAUUGUCAGUUGUUGAAGAAAUAGGGCUAUCUCAUUGUUUACCUCCCUCUUCUCUUCUCAGGGAGACUGCUGCUUUAAAAGAAGGAAGAGAAAAAAUAUAGUUCUAUUUCCCUGAACCUGUUGCACCUGACAUUUUCUCUUAGCAGCAUGAAACUUAUUGAUGCUGACAAUGAAAAAUUGAUCUGUCUGGCUGCUUUCCCUCUUUCCUUGCACUUUAAUUAUGUUGCUAGAGCUAACAGACUAAUAAAUUCCACCUGCUGGCUCUUAAGACUCAGUGAAAGAGCUAGCAUUGGUAAUGCACCAUAGAGGUAGAGAAUGUACACUUUCUGCACGGUAAGUGCCAUCUCUGUAUGUAACUAUAUAGUGAAAUAUCAACUAAGUAAAAGAAAAUAUUUAUAAUAUUUGAAGACCAUUCCCAAAAUAUUUUCAAUAGUUCAUAUUAGCCAACAGUGUAGCACUCAACCCAAGGAGGGUUCCUUAUGGAUGCUUUCUUUUUCUUUUUUAAAGUUGCUUGUUUGUUCUCUUUAGUUUCAAAUAAGAGGUUGACGCAUCUUGAUGCAUGAUGAGAAGCAUGGGCUGUUUGGAUCCUAACAACGCAUAACUUGUGAUUUAUUUCUCAGUGCUCCAGAAACUGAGGGUUUGAAAUAAUAUGUAUCAGUUGCACCAAACACCUCAAGGUCUUGCAGAAGAAAAGUAAAGGUUAGCUUUCAUGGCUCAAAAGCAUAGUCCUGAAGGGUGAACUAAAACCGGGACAAAUCUGUGAGAGGACCACACACAUACUAGUUUCGGGCCAAACAACACGUGGAAAGGUGGAUGCAUUCUACUCUGCCUUGGAGUUGCCAGAGUCCUUCAGAGGGAAAGGGACGGUUCUGUGUGCGCUUUUUCUGGAAGUUCGGACUCAUUUCUUUGACCCAAAUGUUCCAGAGACACUGCAGCCAUUCUUAUUAACAAAAAAUAAGACAGGAGUUUCCAAAUGCUCCUUCCCUUUUGGAUCACAGCUUUUCUUCAACUAGUGACAAAGCUUUUGCGCCUAUCUCCUGCAGGAUGUUGGAACUGCCCCGCAGUGGUCAUAUUAGGCACUGUCAAUUGCUAUGCUGACUUUUAGGGGGUUUUUGUUUGUUUGAAAAACAGGGUCUCACCAUGUUGCCCAGGCUGGUCUCGAACUCCUGGACUCAAGCAAUCUUCCUGCCUCAGCCUCUCAAGCAGCUGGGACUGCAGGGGUGUGCCACUCACUAGCCUUUCGCAUUUUUGUUUGAGAAUUACACCACUUUCUGGAGUCGCAGCCUUCCUGGAGCUGCAAGAGGGCAAGAGAGAGAGCUCCACCUCUGAGGGAGUGUCUGUUGAUGACCUGCACUAUUCGUGUGCCAGCUGGGAGAGGAAUGCACAUUUUAAAAUACCUUCAAUUUGGUCAAAUUAAAAAUCUCCAAGAGCAAUUUGCAGUGUUUUUUCUGGUCGUUAAAGUACCCAUCCUCUUCUGCCUACACACAAAGCAUGCAUUCCCAGCUGCAUCUGCCUCUAGUCCAUUAUGGAGACCCAUUUCUAAGAGGAGAUGGGAGGUCAACCUCUAACAGCCAAGUAGCGAACAUGUAUACUGUAAAAUUAACCUAGAAAAUCAGAAGAAAAAUCCAAUUUCAUGCUUUCGAAUGAAUGCCCACAUUUUGUACUGUCAACGGAAUUAUCUUGGAGCUUUUAGGGGAUGCCUUUCGUUAUUAACUGAGACAUCUAGUUUUGCUACAGGGACAAAUCUCUUACCUAAUCCAAUAUAUUAUUUGACAGAUUCAGGCAUGAAGUAAAACGUCGUCACUUUUCCUUAGUGCUUUUCUGAAGGAAUUUAAAGACGGAAUUUUAAACGGCCAUUGCAAUAUUUUCAAGUGGCUCUCAUACCAAGUCCCAUUACUGUUUGUUAAAUUUCAGUAUGUCUUAAAGUACUACUUAUAAACAAAUGAAACUCAGAGAAACUGAAUCACUUGGAAAAGAAAAAUCCAUUAUGGUCCCAUGUGGAGUGAAUAAUGAUGGAUCAGCACCCUUUCUCUCAUGUUAUUGUAUAAGAUGAGACUUUUGGGCCAGCAGCGAUUGGGCAGCUUUUAAAUUCUUAACUGAAAAGAGUAAUGCAGCACAGGGAUUAUUCCCAAUAAAAUUAACUUUUAUUUAAAAGCAAGAGAUUUUACUUAGCUUUUUUUUCAAAGUUUGAUUUUAUCCCCUUGAAAAAAAUCUCUUCACUUUAAAGUAUAAAGGUUUUUAAAAAUCCAAUUGCAAAAUGUAUUAUUUUUACAACUAUCAAAAAGGCAUAAAAGAGAACAUACUAUUUAUGGCUGAAGGGUAUAGCCAAGCUAAUGUCCACAGCCAGAGGGAAUCAAUAAAUAAAACUCUUUUUCAUUUCAGUAAGAAAUCAGAUUGUAAGUUUAAUGGCUCGAUUAUAGAUACCACCAUGUAAUAGAAGACUUAAGUCAAUGAAAUCUAAUCAGUGUGUCAUUUCUCAGCGGCCACUGGUGACUUAAAAUUAAGAUGAGGCAGAGCCAAAAUGGAAAACAGUCAUUUUUGUGGUAGGUAUAAACACAUGAACAAUUCAGAAAAUUAUUCAUCUCAGCUGCCAUGCAGCAUGACAUUAACAUUAGGAUUGAUAGCACUAGUCUGAUCUGCUCAAGGAAAAUAAUAGUUCUAUUAUACUUAAUGGUGUUGGUUUUUACACAGCUCAUCUCAUUUUUCACUAGAAAGCCAGUUAUAAAAGAGAGCUGGCCUAGGCAUCCCAGCCCUGAGUCCUAGGCCCAGUCUCCAACUGGAAAACCUUAGGCUGGUGUUUACACAUCCCUGAGCCUCAGUUUCCUCAUCUGCAAAACGGUGUGAAUAGUAAUCCCUGUGCUGCUUAUCUCACAGGGCUAUUGUGAGGACCAAAUGGAUUAGACUGUAAACUGCAUAGUGCUGUCCGCACGUGAGGUCAUCUGAUUACUGUCCUCAGAUCUCUUUUGUAGAGGAUUUCAAUGUAUUUCUUUAUCAUUUGAGUGUGUGUAUGAUGGACGAAUAUGUGUGUGAGUUUGAGAAGCAUAUCGUUCGUGUCCAGUUACUUUGCAAAUUUGUGGACAUUUGUGAUUGGACAGAGGGGUUUGUGCUGUGGCCUAACACUUGCCAAGUGAGGUGUAGGUUAUGCCUAUAUGCAAAUUAAACUUCACCUUUCUUGAAUAUU